AUGCCAGCGCCAACUGCGCUGCUGAGGCGUCCGAGUGGGCUUGCUGAAACUGCAAAUGAUCUAAGCCACGGGAGCGAGGAUACUUCAGCAAACGUCGAUUUUCAUUUUCAAACGCAGGGGAAGACAGCCGACUCCAUCAAAUCCCCUUCGCAAGAUGUGGAAAUGCAGGACGAUGACGAAAGUCGGCCUCAAUUUCCCCCGGCAAAGAACGUCGCGAAAAACCACAUUGUAGAAGUCCGAAAAGUUCCCAUCCCACCUCAUCGUAUGAGUCCUCUCAAGGCAGCAUGGCCUAAGAUCUACCCUCCACUUGUUGAGCAUCUGAAGCUACGAGUGCGCAUGAACCUCAAGGGGAAGGCGGUGGAGAUGAAGACAUCAGCUCACACUACAGACUCCGGCGCUUUAACCAAGAGUGAAGAUUUUGUGAAAGCGUUUAGUCUUGGAUUUGACAUCGACGAUGCUAUAGCUUUGCUUCGGCUUGAUGACCUCUAUAUUGAGACCUUCGAGAUCAAAGAUGUGAAAACGCUCAACGGAGAACAUCUAGGUAGGGCAAUAGGCCGUAUUGCAGGGAAAGAUGGAAAAACCAAAUUUGCAAUCGAAAAUGCGUCUCGAACGAGGGUGGUGCUUGCCGAUCAAAAGAUACACAUCUUGGGAGCCUUCAAAAACAUUCAUAUUGCUCGCGAAGCCAUCGUGAGCCUUAUACUCGGUAGUCCGCCCGGCAAAGUCUAUGCCAAUCUGCGAACGGUGGCCAGCAGAAUGAAGGAGCGAUUUUGA